GAGGAGAGAUUAAAGCACCUGAAGUUGUCUCCUCCUUACUCAUUUGCAGCCACAGCUUCCCCACCAGCACAGCCUCAGAGGCUUCCAGAGUAGACUCGGAGGAGGAGAUCAGACGUCCACUCUCGUGAGGUCUGCCGUUCAGUCACCAUGUAUGAGGACUGCGUGAAGUCCACAGAAGAUGUUUACCUCUUCUGUGACAAUGAGGGGCCCUGGGGCAUUGUUCUGGAGUCCUUGGCGGUGAUCGGCAUAGUGGUUACGAUCCUGCUUCUCCUGGCAUUUCUGUUCCUCAUGCGGAAGGUGCAGGACUGCAGCCAAUGGAACGUGCUCCCCACCCAGUUCCUCUUCCUGCUGGCUGUGCUGGGGCUCUUCGGACUUGCUUUUGCCUUCAUCAUCCAACUCAACCAACAAACUGCCCCUGUUCGCUACUUCCUCUUUGGGGUUCUCUUUGCUAUCUGCUUCUCCUGCCUCCUGGCUCAUGCCUCCAACCUGGUGAAGCUGGUCCGGGGUCGAGUCUCCUUCUGCUGGACAACGAUUCUGUUCAUUGCUAUCGGCGUCAGCCUGUUGCAGACCAUCAUUGCAAUUGAGUACGUGACCCUCAUCAUGACCAGAGGCUUGAUGUUCGAGCACAUGACACCGUAUCAGCUCAAUGUAGACUUUGUCUGUCUCCUGAUCUAUGUCCUCUUCCUGAUGGCCCUCACAUUCUUUGUCUCCAAGGCCACCUUCUGUGGCCCGUGUGAGAACUGGAAACAGCAUGGAAGGCUCAUAUUUGCCACUGUGCUCGUCUCCAUUAUUAUCUGGGUGGUAUGGAUCUCCAUGCUCCUGAGAGGCAACCCCCAGCUCCAGCGACAGCCCCACUGGGAUGAUGCUGUCAUCUGCAUUGGCCUGGUCACCAACGCUUGGGUCUUCCUGCUGAUCUACAUCAUCCCUGAGCUGAGCAUCCUCUACAGAUCUUGUAGGCAGGAAUGCCCUCCACAAGGAAACGUCUGCCAGGUCCCCGUCUACCAACGCAGCUUCAGGAUGGAGACCCAGGAAGCCACCAGAGCCCGAGACAGUGAUGGAGCUCAGGAGGAUGUAGCACUAACUGCAUAUGGUACUCCCAUUCAGCUGCAGAAUGUUGAUCCCAGCCGGGAGUAUCUCAUUCCAUCAGCAACACUAAGCCCACAGCAAGACGCAGGCUUAUAAAGCUACCUGAAACCGUGUCCUGCUCCACACAGCCCUGAAGGGCCCAGGAGAGCACCGGACACACUGUCAAUGAAGCAUCCAUCCUGUCCCUUCCUCUCUGUUUCCUGGCCCUUCCCAUUCUUCUGGAAACUGAAGACUGUCAUGUCCUGCACAAUUAAAAUCUUGCUGCCACC